CCCGGCGUGGCGACGUCGACGUCGUCCCGGUCUCGUGUUCCGAGGGGGCAUCGGCGGCCGGGGAGGCUUGAAGGGCUUUGAGCUGCAGCGGGCUCGGCCGGCUCUGCAAGUAACAGAUGCGGGUGAAAGAUCCAUCCAGGGCUGUUUCUGAAAAAACCAAAAGAAACAGAAGGCCUAAUACUCCUCCAGAUGAAGACUCGUCAGAUGACAUUGCUGCAGGUUUAACUUGCCAACAUGUAAGUCAAGCUGUUAGUGUCCACCAUGUGAAGAGAGCAGUAGCUCAGAAUUUAUGGUCAGUUUGUUCAGAAUGUUUAAAGGAAAGAAGGCUUUGUGAUGGAGAGUCAAUAAAACCAGAUAUUUGGUUGUGCCUCAAGUGUGGUUUUCAGGGAUGUAGUCAAAAUUCAGAAGAUCAGCAUUCUUUGAAACAUUUCCAGACUUCUCGCACUGAGCCCCAUUGUAUUAUCAUCAAUCUUAGCACAUGGAUUAUAUGGUGUUAUGAAUGUGAUGAAGAAUUAUCAACACAUCGUAAUAAAAAGGUUUUGGCUCAAAUAGUUGAUUUUCUACAGAAGCAUGUUUCUAAAACAGAAGCAAGUUCAUUUUCCAAAGUAAUAAGGCUUUGUGAAGAAAAAUGUGAAGCAGGUGAAAUAUGGAAAGGAAAAUGCCAAAUCAGCAGUUUGCCGGCUUCUGUAAAAGGAAUUAAUAACUUGGGAAACACUUGCUUUUUUAAUGCUGUCAUGCAAAACUUGGCUCAGACUCACAUGCUCAAUGAACUGAUGUAUGAGGUCAAGGAAAAGGGGACAAAGUUAAAAAUUUUUCAUACUUCAGAUCCUCAAUUGGAUCCACUAGUGGUAAACCUGUCAAGUCCUGGAACUCUGACAUCAGCUAUGUUCCUAUUCCUUCACAGCAUGAAGGAGCCUGGGAAAGGCCCACUUUCUCCUAAAGUCCUGUUUAACCAGCUUUGUCAGAAGGCCCCACGAUUUAAAGGUUUCCAACAGCAGGACAGUCAGGAACUUCUACAUUAUUUACUGGAUGCAAUGAGAAUAGAAGAAACAAAGAGAAUACAAACUGGCAUUUUAAAAGCAUUUAAUAAUCCAACUACUAAAACUGCAGAUGAGGAAACUAGGAAAAAAAUCAAAGCAUAUGGAAGAGAGGGUGUGAAGAUGAACUUCAUAGAUAGGAUCUUUGUUGGUGAAUUGACUAGCACAGUCAUGUGUGAGGAAUGUGAAAACAUCUCAGCCAUGAAAGAGCCUUUCAUUGAUCUUUCACUUCCUAUAAUAGAAGAAAGGGUGUCAAAACCUGUUCCAUUGGGGAGAACAAAUAAAUGUAAGAGUUUACAAGAGGCAGACCUAGAUCAGUACAACUGUACUACUGCUACUACAAUGAAUAAUCAUCUAAAAAGUACUAGGAAACACUCCUUAACUAAAGAUAAGAAUCAGCUAAAUUAUGAAAGAAGACUUGUAAGAAAAUCAUCAUCUGGGGAAGAAGAGAAAAUUCCUGUUAUCAUGCAUCAGAAAAAUGGAAACCUUGAAAUAAAUGGAGACACAAGUAGGGUGUCUGAGACUACAGCAAAUGCAAGUCAGACUGAUGGAAGUGAGAAAGAAGUCAGCCAUUCAGAAAGCAGCGUUGAUGCUGACAGUGAGGCUUCAGAAUGUGAAAGUGCUUCAAAGCAAACCAUUUCUGUUAGACCCAAUAGUUUAUCUUUUUUGCAUGAAGGUAUGCCUACCCAUUCAUCAAUGGUCUCUGAACUUCCAUUUGCAGUUGCCAAUGAGAGUGGUAAGGAAAUGAUCACUGAAGCCAUUGCCAAACUCAGUUUAAGUGACUCUGUAACUAGAGGUACAGAACUUAACAAUGAACAUCAGCCAUUAAAUUUUUCAAGUAAUUCAUUAUGUUCAGUGGAGAAGUAUACAUUAUCCCAUGGCCCCCAAAAUGCUUUCCAAACCCUUUCUCAGAGCUAUACAACUUCUUCCAAAGAAUGUUCAAUUCAGUCCUGUCUCUACCAGUUUACAUCUGUGGAAUUACUAAUGGGAAAUAACAAGCUUUUAUGUGAGAAUUGUACCGAAAAGAAACAGAUGUACCAAAAGAAAAUCAACUCUACAGAAAAGAAGCCAGAAGGUGUGUAUACCAAUGCAAGGAAACAGUUGCUCAUUUCUGCUGUUCCAGCUAUUCUUAUUCUCCAUCUUAAAAGAUUUCAUCAGGCUGGUUUGAGUCUCCGAAAAGUCAACAGACAUGUGGAUUUCCCACUUGUGCUAGAUUUAGCACCCUUUUGUUCUGUUACCUGCAAGAAUGUAACCAGUGGGGAGAGAGUUCUCUAUGGUCUUUAUGGAAUAGUGGAACAUAGUGGCUCAAUGAGAGGAGGCCAUUAUACAGCUUAUGUGAAAGUCAGAACUUCCAAGAAAUCACUGGACCAUGUUGUUGGAAAUAAAAAUAUCCACGGUUUAAAAGAAACAACGGGAGCAUCAACAGGACAGUGGGUGCAUGUUAGUGAUACUCAUGUGCAAAUGGUUCCAGAAUCCAGAGCACUUAAUGCACAGGCGUACCUUCUUUUUUAUGAAAGGAUAUUAUAGUGAUCAUUGUUCAUAAUUGUUAAAAAAAAAAAAAAAAGUUAAUGAUUAUUUAGACCACCUUUAUUUAAAUGCUGCAGGGGUAAACUGAAUAUGUAGUGUAUUUUUAUUAUGUUUUUUCUUUCAUAUAAUUUAUUACAUCCCUUAGAUAGACCUGAAUUUCUAAAAAGUUUGCCAUUUAUUCCCUUUUAAAAUGUUUUUUUUUCCCUCAAAACUUUAAUGUUCCAACUCCUGUAAAUCAAAUCUAUAAUAGCUGCUUUUUCUAAAGUUAUGUUAAAAAAAAAAAUCAAUUAUCCUUGGUACCUGCAGCCCUUGAGUUCUUGGGUAGUAUAAUUUAAUGAUACUAGAAUUUGUUUCAUUAUUACAUAGAUUUAGAUUUUUGCAAAUUACUAUAUCCUAUAACACAACUACUAACAGUAAAAUCUAACAAACAUAACAUGAAGUUUAGAUGCCUUCCUUUUUGCCAAAUCUUGUAUAUGGUUUCAACUUUUUUUUUUAGUAGUAGGUUUAUUAACAAGUAAUUGGCUUUCUGCUUUGAUUUUUUUGAGAACUAAAAGUAUAGAAAAAAAAAUUUGUCCAAGUUUAUGUUCUCAGCCAACAUGUGAUAGAUUUUGAAGAAUAUCCUACAUGUGGAUCACCAAACAAAAUUUUAUAUGUCAUCAGCUUGUAAUGGAUUCCCAAUGGAUAGUUGUCAAUUCAUUUAGUACUUACAGGAAAAUUGCUAGGUUACAUUUUAAAGUUAUCAAAAUUGUAUUCUUUAUAGUAUUCUCUACAAAAAUUUUGUAGUCUUAUAUUUUAAUAAAUAUUGACUUAGGCUUUUAGCAAGAGGAGUUAUGAGAUCAUAAUUCCUUUCUUUACUCAGUAUAUCAUAUACAUUCAAGUUGGGCUAACUUUAAUUUAAUUAAAUUUAAUGUUAGCUUUUCUGAUUGUUUCUUAUAUACAAGUAUUUUGGGAAUAGUUUUUUCUUUGACCUUGUGACUACUAGGAAGUAUUGCAUUUUUUCUUCUUUUUUUAUAAAUGCAAAUAAUAGCUAUGUCAAAAGGAAAAAAGAAAAUAUAAGUAAAACUAAAUCUAUUUAUUGUAUCCUUGACCUGAAAAGUAUUAAAAUUACUUCUCAGGGUUAGUUUUUUUUUUUUUUUAAGGUAUUCAGGAUACUUUUUUUUCCCCCAACCACAGGAAUGUUGUACACAAUUUUCUUUAUUACAAAUGAGCCCAUAAUCAUCAUUUAACUAUAAAAAUUUGAUUUCACUCUCACUUUUAAAAAUUCAAUGACUAGAAGGCAUCAAUUUCCAAUAAAAUAAUUUGUCACCAAAAAAAACCCACUCACAUAGCACAUGACAAAUCAAAAUUUUACAUUGCCUAAUAAUAGAAGUAAGUUAAGGUAGUGUUUUCUUUUAAAUUCCCUUUGCUUUACACAGCCAUUUUAAUGGUAUGUCAUUGAUGCCAAUUAUAUAAGAUUAGAGUGCCCUAAUCAAAUACAUAAGGAAUUAAUAGCUGUCACUAUCCAGAUAAUCUGUUAAAUGUUCAUCUUCUAAAACAUUUUCUUUCUGAGAAGAAAGAUAGGAAAUAUUGAGAAAUAUGAGUUAAAAAGUUAUAGUUGUGAAUUGGGCUGCUACCUCUUUAGACCAUGACUCUGACAAAGAAAUAUGAAAUAGACCUUUUAGUAACUUACUGACUACUAAAGUUAUGAUUAAUUUUUAAGCUUUUGAUAGAAUCCAAGAUAUGGGGCUUGAAUAGUAUAGACUUUUGACAGUUUGUUUUUUCUUAUAAGCAUUAACAUUUACAUUUCAAUUGCAUUUUUAUGUUCUGAAUUUUUAGUCAUUUGAGAGGUAGAUAUACACAUGCUAAUAUUUGGUUGGGGGUGAGAGAGAAGGCUGCAUAAUCUGGAAAAGCUAAGCUUUUUUUAAUUAUCAAAAUUAUGAUCCAGUAAAAUACAUCCUAAUACAAGGAGAUACUAAGAAAGUGUAGUGGGUUUAUUUAGUUUAAUUAUUAGUAUGUUAUCUAUUUGCUGAUAUAGCUAUUUCUUUUUGAUGAUGCUAAGUAUCAAUUAUCUCUGUUUCUAAACCUACCAGACCAUUACUAGCAAUUUCACAUUUCUCAAGAGAUAAGUGACUAUAGAAUUUCUGUUGAAAAGUUAUUUCCUACUAUGUUAGGUUGAGUUUUUUUAAAGAAAACCAGAGGCAACCUUUCUUACUUCAUAUCUAUUCACUUAUACAAAUGAAGCCCGAGAUAAUAAUGGAUUAUCUCAGGAAGGUCAAAAGCUAAAAGAAAUAAAGAAUUCUUCCCAGCCAGAUGAAGCAAAGUAAGUACAGAGAAUAAAAAAUUUCCAGCCCCUACUUAGUAUUAGUGAUUAAUUCAUCAAAUAGUUUCUCAAGCAUUGAUUUGAUUACUACUGCAUACAUUUUAUAAUCAUAGAAUUUUAGAGCUAAAAGAGGCUUUAGUGAUUUGAUCCAUGGGUUGCCAAGGCCAUCAUAGAUGUUUACUUUUAUGCAACUUUUAGUGUUUUGACUCAUUAACAGGCAAAAGCCUUAACUAUUAGGAAUAAUGAAUUACUGAACUUAAGAACUUUUAUAUUCCAUAUCCCUUGAGGGGAAAGAUUGUGGAAUCAUAGUGUCCCAAAAGGAGGGGUUACUCUAAGGAGCUACUCUCAGUCAAGCUCUUAUUCAACAUAGGAAUGGAAUGGGUAGGAUUUGCUUUUGGCUUGACACUACCUGUAAUUCCUCCUGUCUUAUACCUCAUUCCCUCAGAGCCAGGUGUUCUCUGCCUUUGACAGCUACUUUAAGAAAUUUGUACAGAUAUGCUAAUUGGUGAGAAGUUUUGGGAGUUCUCCAUUGCCCAUCUUCCAUUUAAAAAUGUGUAAACUGAACGUGAAGUUGAUGUAAAAUCUCUGACAUCAAUUAUUUUUUAAAAGUUAUUUUCGAAAAAUAAAAAAGGCUCUUUUCCCUUAAAAGGGUAUUGAUCCCUGAUGUAGUCCAGUCUACUUACUUUACAGACAAAAGAAAAAAAAAAAGAAAGACUGAGAAAUUAACUGAUUUUAGUUGAUUUGUUCUGGCUUACUCUUCUCAUAGUGGGAGAACUGGAACCAGGACCUAAUUCUCAUGACUUGAAUUCCCUGUGAUCCUUUCUAUUCAACCCUGCUGCAUGUUUACCCAUGUAUUCUGGGUUUGACAUUUUACCUCAGUAUUCUGAAAACAGCUCUAGUUUUUUUAUAGUUGACUUAGCAGAUAUUUUAGUAUGCAAAAGCCUGAGUGGGUUUUAUUUAUUAUUCCAGAAAUAACAUGGAAGAAUAGUGGUUCACUUUUAAUUUUCUUAACUUUUAACUGAUUAUGAAAUCUUUAAUCUGUGUGACCUUGAGUUUAGGGGCUUUCUUUUCUUAUUAUGCAGAGUCCAGAAUAUUCAUCUUCUGAAUAGAAAAGAUCUUAUUUUAUUAAGAAUAUAAUAUGCUGGUAAUGGCUUUUAUACGGAGAAAGCACAUAUUUAUUCUAUUUAUCAUACAUAGUACAUUUUUAAAUGUAAUUUUUCUUUUAAAUUUUACCAAAGUUUAUUCCAUGCAGUCUUACCAAUUGAAAAAUAUUUACCUUCAAGGAUACUUAAGUAAAAGUGGAAGGACAUUACAAUAAGGAUAUCCCCUCCCAUACCCCUCCCCCCACCAAAGGCAGGACAAGAAAUUGGAAAUUUUAGAGAUACUUGACUCAACUGCCAUAAUCUAGAAUUCUGCCCUUAGCUGAAUGAAAGCCUCAGUAACUGAGGUUAAAAAUUAGUUUAUAAUAUAUGCUUGACUAUGCUUUUAUCACCCUAACUUAAUUUUUUUUGGUAUUUAAGUGGUAAAAUUAUGACAGUAUCAAUUACAUAUAUUUGCUAGAAAAAAACAGUAUUGCUUACUGUACUCAAGAUUUUACCAUUUUAAAAUAAAACUUAAAAGAUAUUUUCUUCAGACAUUAUUUUUUUAGAUGACCAGAAACAGGUGUGUUAGAAGACAGAUUGUGAUAAACCAUACAUACAAAGGAUAAGUUUUCUGUGAAUUUGGAUUUGAAAACAACUAUUUAGUUGUAUAUUUGAUAGCUUGCAUCCUAUCUGUGAUUAUUGACAUCAGGACUCAAAUACAUACAUGCUGAAUAUAGCUUCAAUAUAUAUCUUAAUGUGAGAAGUAAAAAUUGAGUUAAUGUCUGAUUUUUUUAAUAGAAUCCUUAAAUAUUCAGCCUUUUUCUAAGUUCCUUUUCACACAAAUAAUCUCCUCUGCAUGAUCUGUUAUUGAAUAAUCUUAGCAGAAUUUGUAUUUUAUGUGCAAUAAAACUGAACCUUCAGUUUAAUACUUAAUACAUCAUCAAAUUGAUUGUAUUUUUAGUUAUUUGAAAUGCUUAUUGUUAUUGUAAAGUUGCCAAGAGGAAAUGUAUUUAUAAUACAACAGAGACAGAUGAGAUAAGAAUAUAUUUUUAAUUUUCAGAAAUAUUUUAGAUUAGUUAUAAAUUCAUAUCUUUCAUUAUACUUGUAAUUUAAAACAUUCUGCAGUGUUUUAUAAAAGAUAAUCAUGCAUCUGAUUUACCAUAAUGAUUUUAUUGGGAAAAACAUGUACAUUCUUAAUAAAUAUUGGUUAAUUUGAUAUAUUUUAAGACUGAUGGAACAUAUUUGGCUUUGCAAAGAACAUGGUUGGAAAUAUUUUUGGCUACCACUGUUUCAUAUUUGUUACAAAGGAAGUUUUUACCACUUUUGUGGAUCCCUAAUUUCAUCACUGUGGACA